AUGAGAGAUUGCAUGUGCUAUGUACAUCCCAACAUGCUGGGCAUCCGAGGGCAGCCGAGCGGGUCUCCCGGAGAGCUACCUCUGCAUAUUCUCACUCGGGUCAAGAAAGUUAUAUCCCUGAUAGCGGUACUUGCCUUCGGUCAAGAGCGUGGUAUCCUGAUUCCAUCCGUGUCGUCCUCAUCGCCUCGGGAUUUUGAUCCUUUGUUGAAGGAUUUGAAUGAGAAGAAACAAAGUUUCCGGCGUAACGUGGAGUCGCUUGCGGCGGAAUUGAAGGAGGUGAGGAGCCGUUUGGCAUCGCAAGAACAGUCAUUUGCUCAAGAAAUCCUAACGAGACAGACUUGGUUUCGCUUCAAAACAAACAAAAAAAAUCAGGAUGCAGAGACAAAGGCAAAGCACAUGGAAGAGGAGAUUUUUAAAUUACAGAAGAGUUUAGAGGAGAGAAAUGGGGAGCUUCAAGCUUCAGCCUCUGCUGCUGAAAAGUACCUUAGGGAAUUGGAUGAUCUUAGAUCGCAGCUUACUCAAGCCACUGCUGAUGCUAGUGCGGCAUUAGCUCAGUCAGCCCAAGUACAGUGUUUAGCGUUGUUGAAGGAGCUGGACCAGAAGAAUAGUUCAUUGAAAGAGCACGAGGCUCGUGUUACUUGGUUAGGAAAGCAACUAGAUAAUUUGCAGAAGGAUCUCCAAGCAAGGGAUUGUUCCCAAAAACAGCUGAAAGAUGAGGUUUUGAGAAUUGAGCAUGAUAUCAUGCAAGCUGUUGCUAAGGCUGGAGCAAAUAAGGAUUCUGAACUCAGGAAACUUUUGAAUGAGGUUUCUCCCAAGAGUUUUGAAAAGAUUAGUAAGCAGUUAGAGAAACAACGACGAGCUGAUCAGGAACUGAAGAAGAGGGUGUUGAAGUUGGAAUUCUGUCUCCAGGAAGCUCGUUCUCAGACACGAAAACUCCAAAGGAUGGGAGAGCGAAGGGACAAAGCACUAAAAGAACUUAGAGAUCAGCUGGCUGCAAAACAACAAUCUGCAAGUGUUGGCAACGAGAAACAGAAUUUCUGGGAAACCUCUGGUUUCAAGAUUAUAGUCUCCAUGUCGAUGCUGAUAUUGGUAGUGUUUUUGAAGCGGUGAUUCCGUUUAGCAGUGUAGGUAAUGUGUAUAAUGAAUACCCAAAGAGGAUUUUAGGAAAGGCUAGAGCCAUUGCCUUUGGGAAAGAAAAAGGCUUGUAGAUGUAGUAGUACAUGAGUCUGUCCUCAUUGUGAACUACAUUUGAGGUGACAUUAGUGUUAUAGGAACAUGCAUGACAUUUUUUCCCUCUCCCAUUAUGGAUUAUUAGCUGAACCGAGCGCCAUGGUGACAAAACAUUUACC